UUAAAAUAAGCCUAGUUAAACUCCACAGUGAGGUAAACUGACUCACCCAAACUGUCAGAAAUUCAUGAGUGUAAACACAAACCGUGAUUGCGUCCACUGUUUACAGAAGUCAUAUAUCUGAAUUCUUAGUUGUGAUGCUCCUCCCAUGCUAACGUACACACUUUUUCGAAGUCAAUCACUUCAGAUGUUUUUCUUUUCUGUGCUUGAGAGUUCUGUUUUUCUCAGCUUCCACAAAAGGGAAGUGAGUUUUGCUGAGGCAGGUUUUCUAGCUCAGUGGUUAGAUGUAUAGCAGACUCGAGUGGACAGAGAGGGAAUCAUGAACGCUACGGCUUAUUUUCAGGAGGAUGAGGAGACCGAGCUAGGCUUGGUGGGGGCCUGUGUGAUCCUGGGGGUGUGUUUCCUGGUGGGCACACCUGGGAACCUGCUGGUGGUGUGGACCAUCUUGAAGCAUGUGAAGCAGCGUUCACAUACGGUGCGUCUCAUCCUCCACCUGGCAGUCGCAGAUCUUCUGGUGCUGGUCACUCUGCCGCUGUGGAUCUACUCGCUGGCCCGUUCCUGGGUGUUUGGAGAGGCUGCCUGCAAAGCCAUGGUGUACAUCAUCAAUGCCUGUAUGUACAGCAGCGUCUUCAUCAUCACCGUCAUGAGUGUGGAGCGCUUCAUGGCUGUCAGAUACCCUUUUGCCUCAGUCGGCUGGAGAAGGAGACAAACACUAAACAAGGUACUUCUAAUGAUAUGGAUGGCUUCAUUUCUCCUCAGUAUUCCCGUCAUUCUAACUCACACUUUGGGAGAAGUUCAAGGACAAAAUCAAUGUCUGUUCAGGAAGUAUGAGACUGUUGCCCAGGAGGCUGUGUUGCUCAUUUUAGAGUCUCUUAUAGGCUUUGUCAUCCCGUUUUUCACUCUGUUGGUCUGUUACGGCUGCCUCUUCAGUCGCAUAGUGCAGAUGAACUUCAAGUCCAAGAGUAAAUCGACGGUUCUCAUCUGCAGUGUGGUGGUGAUGUUCGCUUUCUGCUGGAUUCCUCAUCAUGUGGGGAACCUUCUUUCCCUCAUCUCACUCGCUCUCAAGCAUUCAAACCCUGACAUGGCGGAAAGUUUGGAGGACGCCCGCACCACAAUGACCAUUAUAGCAGGAGCCCUGGUGUUCAUCAGUAGCUCAGUCAAUCCAGUGCUUUAUGUGUUUGCCGCACGUACCUUCCGCAGCUCGCUCCUGGAAACUGGAAUACAGAAACUCUUCCAGCAUCUGUCCAGUGCAGUGUCAGGUGAAGGGAAUAAAGAGUUAUCAUUUGUGUCCAAAAGGCAGAGUUCACACACCACCAACUCACAGUGUCUCACGGACUCAAAAGUGCUUGUAGAUGUGGCUAUGGAAUCAUGCAUCAGUACCUCAGACUGACUCUGUAAAAAGCUUUAAAGCCAGGAACUCAAUAACAAUAAUAACCAUUACAACUGUUAUUUCUGCAAAAAGAGUGCUUGAAGUAGUUUUUAUGUAAUUUUGUUUUUCAGAAUUGCAUUCAUUUCUUAAGUAAAAUAUUUGUUUGUGCCUUGUUCUUUGUGUUCUAAGUAUAUUUUAAUACUCACUAAGAUGUUAUCUUAAAUUGCAACUACAUAUUCUAUGAUGAAACCACUUUUAUAUGUGAUAUAACUCAAAUGCCUUUAUAGCAAAUAUUUCUGUCUGUUUACAAUCAAAUUCCCAUGGUAUCUUAUGUAAACAGACUGUCUUUAGUCUUACAUCUUCUCAGCAUUAUGAUUUCAACAGCUUCCUUCUCCUUGCAACGUGUGUUUUUGUGAUUCUUGUAACAGAGUGAAAGAGGAAGUGGGCAUUAAACUGAACAGAUGUCCGUCUGGAAGAUGAUUCCACUGUAAUGUCAUUCUUUUCUAUAAUGCUCGUUUCAUAUGAAAAAUAAACAGCUGUUUUUUGUUUUGUUUUUUCAAUCCUAAACAUAAAUUAUCAUGCAUAGGUCCACUGUCUAAAGCAAAAGAAAAACUCAGCAGGCUGUUUCUAUGUCUGUGAAAUCUUUUGUGGCACUUUUCAGUGAUAUACCUUUAUUAACUGAAUUCAAAUAAUAAAUACAUUUAUUGAAUUUUUGACAUGCAAAAUUUGUACCUAAAGGCUAGAAUACAUUACACAACAUUUGUACAUUUUUUUGCCCUGAUCAGCACUCUGAAUGAGUCAGCUCUAGUUGGCCAAAGUCAGAUCAAGUCUGCAGAUUUGGUCAGUCAGAGUUGACAGAUUUCACAGAUAAUUGCAUAGUGUAGGAUGGGCACAGGCUCUGAUUUUUAAGCUUCAGACUGUGAUCAAAUCCAGUCCAUGUUUGAUAUUGUGAGCCGAUUUUAGAACACAUUGUUUUCAUUUACUUCAACUGUCUCUUAGCAACGAGGCGUAUGUUUCUGUGUGAGUUUAAAGCCUAGUAGUGUGUUAUCUUCAGUUGUUUAGUGUAUAAUGCCCAGUUUUUCUUUGUGAUCAUUUACAAAGGUGACAAGUGUCUGAUGCCCAGUGUUUUCAAAUCAGUUCAGAUGUUAAAAGUCACGUAUUCCAGAGUGGUGACAUGACAUUUCUCAUGUCGUGACCUGUGGUUCUAUUUCUAUCUCGCUUUUUAAACACAUAUUUCAUGAUGAAAUUAUCAGCUGACCAUUGCUCAAGAUGAAACCAGAGAAAAGGAGAGAUGUGCCUGACUUCCUGAGUCUGGAAGAGGAAUGGGACACUGAAUCGUCACCUAAGUAUGGCACGCAAUGGAAUAGUGAGAGGACUGCAGACAAACAGUCUCUGUCUGGCUUUUUGUCCGAUUUCAUUACUGACACAGGCACACAAGAGCACUGAAUCAUGGAAACAAAACUCAGAUCUCAGUACAGUUGUAUUUAAGGUAGCCUAUAUGUAUGGAGACCAGGACAGGUUUGAGCUCCUAAAUUUAUUUUUAACCGUGCCAUGCUAUGUCAUAGUGCCAUGUAUUUUUUUCUUUUGCCCAAUAUAACUGUAAAACCGAAACCUGUUACCUAUAAUUGUAUUUUCCUUUAAAAAAAAUAGCUGAACUGAAUAAACACUCAAAAGCAUUA